AUGGACAUGUUCGCCCCGGCCCCUCCACCACCCACCGCCCUAGGCCGGUACCGCACCCUCUCCUCGACCGCCGGCAUCCGGGUCUCCCCCUUCCAACUAGGCGCGAUGUCCAUCGGCACCGCCUGGUCCGGGGGACUAGGGUCCAUGACCAAAGAAGCCAGCUUCGCGCUGCUAGACGCCUACCUGGCCGCGGGGGGCAACUUCCUCGACACAGCCAACAACUACCAGAACGAGGAGUCGGAGCGGUGGAUCGGGGAGUGGAUGGCCGUGCGCGGGGUGCGCGACCACCUGGUGGUGGCGACCAAGUACACGGGGCUGUACAAGGCACCCAACCCUCCCGCAUCUACCUCCUCCCCAGAAGAACCACUCGCAACGGAAAGCCGCUACCACCCCUCCCACCCGAAGGUCAACUUCGCCGGCAACCACCGGCGCAGCCUGCACCUGAGCGUGCGCGACUCGCUGGCCAAGCUGCGCACAGACUACCUCGACAUCCUGUACGUGCACUGGUGGGACAGCACGACCUCGAUCGAGGAGGUGAUGGACAGCCUCCACGCGCUGGUUCAGCAGGGCAAGGUGCUGUACCUGGGGAUCUGCAACGCGCCGGCCUGGGUGGUCAGCGCCGCCAACACGUACGCGCGCCUGCAGGGCAAGACGCAGUUCAGCGUCUACCAGGGCCGCUGGAACGUGCUGCACCGCGACUUGGAGCGCGAGGUCAUCCCCAUGGCGCGGCGGUUCGGGAUGGCCGUCGCGCCGUGGGAUGUGCUCGGCGGGGGGAAGUUCCAGACACAGAAAGCCAUGGCCGCGCGGCGGGAGAGUGGGGAGGGGCUGCGCAAGAUGAUGGGCAGUGGGGCGCAGAGCGAGGAUGAGGUGCGCAUGAGCGAGGCGCUGGGGAAGGUGGCGGCCGAGUUGGGGAUCGAGUCGGUCACGGCGGUGGCGUUGGCGUAUGUGUUGGCGAAAUAUCCCAAUGUGUUCCCUGUCGUCGGCGGAAGGAAGGUCGAGCAUCUCAGGGAUAAUAUUCAGGCGUUGGAGGUGAGGUUGUCGGAUGAGCAGAUUAGGUUUUUGGAGGGGGUGAAGCCCUUGGAGCUGGGUUUUCCGCAGAAUAUGCUGGGCGAGGAGCCUGGGGUUACAGGGCGGGAGGGCAUGUCUUUGGCUAAUGCUGGGGUGGUCGAUUUUGUGAAGUUCGAGAGGCCUGUCGGGUAUGCUUAA